AUGAACAAGCAUGCCAGCAAAAUAAUAAUCAACGAUUCCUGGUCCUGGUGGGGCAGACUAUGGAGUAUGGGUAAUCGGGAAAGCGCCCAGUGCGACGACCAGUGUGCAAGGUACAGUCGUGAACCCCUGCCGCUUACCGCGACUAGCGGAAUCAAUGACCUCGGCUUGUCUUGCUGGCAGCACCACUCGCAGAAUAACGGCGCGCCGAAGUUCUUGCUUGGACCACACCACAGUGCAUGCCCUGCGCAGGCAAGACGGGUGCUCCUAGAUGUCAAUGAGAAGCUGAUUUCCUGGUUUGGAGAGCUGUUGCUCGGCCUUGCUCAUUUACGCCCAUUUUUAAGCAGCGCUCUAGAAGCCUGCCUCAAUAAGCACUGGCAUGCAGUCCGCAAAGGGCAACUAGCUCAUGGUAUCCGUCCAUGA